AUGGCUGGUCGCUUCCCUGACGCUGCCGACCACGAGAAGUUUUGGGACCUACUAGAAGCUGGGUUGGACGUCCAUAGAAGGAUUCCUUCCGAUCGAUUCGAUGUCGAGAAGCAUUACGAUCCCAAUGGCAAAGUCCGCAACACCAGUCACACUCCCUACGGGUGCUUCAUUCAGGAACCAGGUCUCUUUGACCCACGCUUCUUCAACAUGUCACCUCGAGAAGCAGCACAGACAGACCCGAUGCAGCGUCUUGCCUUAGCUACCGCUUAUGAGGCAUUGGAAAUGGCAGGUUACGUCCCUAAUCGAACCCCAUCUACUCAACAGGACCGCAUUGGCACGUUCUAUGGCCAGACCAGCGAUGACUGGCGUGAGGUCAAUGCCGCCCAAGAUAUUGACACUUAUUUCAUCACUGGUGGUGUACGACCUUUCGGACCGAAAGUCAUGCGCGAUGCUGGACUCGAUCCGCACGACGUUGACUACGUGGAAAUGCACGGCACUGGCACCCAAGCCAACGUUGGCCAUGGCGAGGCAGCAUCAGGAGUCACAGCCUUCAUUAAGAGUCUUAUGAUGAUGCAGAAGGGUACGAUCCCCCCUCACUGUGGUAUCAAAGGUAAAAUCAACCACGGCUUUCCAAAAGACCUGGACGCACGUAACGUUCACAUCGCUUUGAAGCCAACCCCAUUCCACACGAAAGAUGGAGGCCCGCGGCGGGUGUUUGUAAACAAUUUUAGCGCAGCUGGCGGCAACACUGCCACAUUGCUCGAGGAAGCGCCUCUCAAACAGUCACCCCGAGUUGACCCUCGAGGAGAAUGGGUCCUUGCUGUUUCGGCAAAAUCCAAAGCCGCUCUACGAGCCAACACUCAGAAUCUUAUCAAGUACAUCGCCCAAAAUCCGGAUGUCACCAUUCCAGAUCUUUCAUACACAACCACUGCUCGUCGUAUUCAACACAAUUACCGCAUCGCUUUCAGCUGUGGCAAUGACUUGAGCAAGAUAGUCGAACUUUUGAAUACCCAGCUUGAGCAUGACAUUAGCCCUGUACCAGGUUCAAAGCCAAGAAUAGCUUUCUCCUACACCGGGCAAGGAUCCCAUUACACCGCCCUUAGCAAAGCUCUCUACGAGUAUUUUCAGUCGUACAAGGAUGAUAUACAGACCCUUGACAAUGUAAGCAAAGGGUUUGGAUAUCCUUCGCUCUUGCCCUUGAUCGAGGGAAAGGAUGAGAAUGGCGAGGCCGUCGACGCCAAAGACCUCUCUCCUCUAGUCGUGCAACUUGGUCUUAAUAGCAUCCAGAUAGCCCUCACUCGAUUCUGGGAUUCUCUUGGCGUGAAACCGGAUGUUGUCAUUGGCCAUAGUCUGGGUGAGUAUGCUGCUCUUAAUGCUGCUGGCGUCCUUUCGAUCGAAGACACUAUCUACCUUGUGGGUGAGCGGGCGAAACUCUUGCUGGAGAAAUGUACUCCAGGGUCACAUGCCAUGCUAGCAUGCAAAGUCUCUGCUGUCUCGCUUCAAGGCAUCCUGGAAGAGGCUGGCAGGGUGGAGAUAGCCUGUCUUAAUGGGCCUCAAGAAACAGUUCUUGGGGGCACGGUACAAGACAUUGAUGAAUUUGCAGAGAAGCUGGGUAAGCAAGGAAUCAAGAGCACAAAGCUUCGGACACCAUUCGCAUUCCACACGUCCCAAGUGGAUCCUAUCAUGGAGAGUUUUGAGCUCUUGGCAGGCAAUGUCACGUUCCUUAAAGCUAAGGUUCCGGUUGUUUCGCCCUUGUUAUCCUCGGUCCUGAACGGAGACAACACCAUAGAUGCCAAAUACUUAGCACGUCACGCAAGAGAGCCAGUCAACUUCGUUGGUGGCCUCUCGUUUGCUAAGCAGUUUGGUCUUGUGAACGAUCAGACCGCCUGGGUUGAAUUGGGCCCUCAUCCAGUCUGCACUAGCUUUGUCAAGUCGACAUUUGGUGCAGAAACCCUCACUGCCCCAACAAUGCGUCGCGAUGUCAAUCCCUACAGGACCAUUGCAGAAAGCUUGUCAGCACUGCACUUGGUUGGUAUCGCCAUUGACUGGAAUCAAUAUCACGCUGCAUUUGCGGAUUGCGUCAGGGUUUUGGAUCUGCCAGCAUAUGCCUUUGACAACAAGAACUACUGGAUUCAAUACACCGGAGACUGGAACCUAUCCAAGGGUAGUGUUACGCAUAAGCCAGCUUUGCCCGAGCCCACGUCGUCUAUGACAACGACAUCAGUGCAAAAGCUGGUCUCUGAGAACGUUGAUAGCCACAGCGCAACGGUCAUCAUUGAGUCAGACACUGCCCAGCCCCAGCUCAGAGCUGCCGUUCAAGGUCAUAUGGUGAAUGGCACAGCUUUGUGUCCAUCUUCGCUGUACGCGGACAUGGCCAUGACUGUUGGCCAGCAUCUACAUGAGUUACUCCAACCAGGUGCUGACGGUAUUCUUCCUGAUGUCGGCGAUAUGGAAGUUUUCAAGCCCUUCAUCGUUGAUGAAGACAUUAGCAAAAGUCAGACUAUUCGUUUGAGUGGUACAUUCAGCGCUGGCGAUGAUAAGGCUACACUCUUGUUCAGUAGUGGCUCUGGUAAGGCUGAAGUUCAACACGCCAAGUGCUACGUCAAGUAUGGUCAUGGUAUUGAGUGGGCCAAUAAGUGGCAGCGGCAGACCUACCUCAUUGGUGAGCGGAUAGAUCGAUUGAAAAGACUCGAGUCUACUGGACAAGCUCAUAGAAUGCUUCGAGGCAUUGCAUACCGAUUAUUUGGGUCAUUUGUCGAGUACGACAGGAAAUACCAGGGUAUGGAGGAUGUCAUACUUGACAGCCCAGAGCUUGAAGCUACGGCCAAGAUCUCCUUCCAGACAAGAGAUGAGGAUGGUAAAUUCUUCUGCAGCCCCUAUUGGAUUGACAGUGUCUGCCAUCUCGCCGGCUUCAUCGUCAAUGCGAAUGAGACCAUCGAUUCCAGCAAACAGGUCUAUGUCUCCCACGGCUGGGAGUCUAUGCGCUUUGCAGAACCAUUGAGGGCUGAGAAGACUUACCGCUCUUACGUCAAGAUGCAGCCGCUCGACAACAACAUCAUGGCCGGAGACGUAUACAUAUUCGACGGAGAUCGUAUCAUUGGUCUUUGUGAGCAGUUGAAGUUUCAGUGCAUACCUCGUGCGCUAUUAAAUACGUUCCUUCCGCCUAGAGGAGCUGCUGUGCAAAAGCAAGUGGCCCAGCCUGCGCCCAAGGCAGCUCCCAAAGCAGCCGCUGUUAGAGGAACCAAAAAGGCUAUCAAUAAAUCUACGGUAUCAACGAACCCUACUGUUUCUGUUACAAAUCAAGUCCUGGAGAUCAUUGCUGCAGAAGUCGGCAUGCCAACCGAUGAGCUGGCUGAUGCCAUUGUCUUCACCAAUAUCGGCGUUGACUCCCUAAUGUCACUGACGAUCAGUGGGCGUAUACGAGAAGAACUUGACAUCAACAUUGACCAAGAAGUGUUUGCCGAUCAUCCUACUAUUGGGGAAUUCAAAGCGUACUUGAGCCAAUUUGAGAAAGCUACAACACCUGUACUCGUUGUCGAAGAGGACGAGAGUACGACAGCGUCAUUAUCAUCAUCAUCAUCAUCAUCAGAUUUUGAUGACGCAUCAUCUACUCCAGGGUCAGUCUCCACACCUAUCUCACAUCCGGGAUCACCGGCCAAUUCAUCUGAUCUGUCGACUCUCGUUCGAAAAACAAUUUCCGAAGGUAUGGAGGUCGACGUUGACGAGCUACUCAGUAUUGAGGACUUAAGCACAAUUGGUAUGGACUCGCUCAUGGCAUUGACGAUGCUGGGUACGCUUCGAGAACAAGCGGGCCUUGCCUUACCUUCAGACUUCUUUGUCGAGAACCAUAGCAUCAAAGCCAUCGAGCAAGCUCUGCAUAUCACACCUCCCGAGUCUGCGCUUAAAAAGAAGCCCCAGCCAAAGAAGAGCGGCGCAGCAUCUAAGUCACAACCGCAAACAAGACCAACCACCCAGCCCAGCACACGACCCAGCUCAAGACCCUCCACCCCCCUCUCAACUGCCCGGCCCACCACUUCACGAACAAAGAAAGUCCAACUCCCCGACCGCCAAGCAACCUCCCUCCUCCUCCAAGGCAGCCCCAAAACCGCCACCAAAGAAUUCUGGCUCGUGCCCGACGGCGGCGGCGCACCCACCUCCUACACCUUCAUGGACACCAUAUCCCCCAUGCUCUGCAUCUGGGGCCUGACUUCCCCCUUCUGCCGCACCCCCGAAGAAUUCAUAAUCGGCGUCGUCGGCAUCGCCACCAAAUACGUGACGGAGAUAAAACGGCGGCAGCCAUCGGGCCCCUACCACAUCGGCGGCUGGUCUGCGGGCGGCGUCAUAUCCUACGAAAUCGUGCAGCAGCUGAUCGCACUCGGCGACGCGGUGGACACGCUCGUCUUCAUCGAUACGCCCUGCCCCCUCAUCAUCGAACCCCUCCCAUCCUCCCUCCAUCGCUUCUUCGGCUCCAUCGGCCUCCUCGGCGACGGCGACGGGGCGCUCGACAAACUCCCGCCCUGGCUGCUCCCGCAUUUUGCCCAGUCCGUCACCGCGCUGUCGACGUAUGACGCGUGUCCGCUGCCCGGGGGGAAGAGUCCCAAUGUGUGGGCGAUGUGGUGCGAAGAUGGGGUUUGUAAGACGCCCGAGGAUCGCAGGCCGGAUCCGUAUCCGUAUGGUCAUGCCGAGUGGUUGUUGGAGAAUCGCACGGAUUUUGGGGCGAAUUUGUGGGAGGAGUUUAUCGAUGAGGGGAAAUUGGUCACGGCGCAUAUGGAGGGGAAUCAUUUUAGUAUGAUGAAACCGCCGUGUGUGGGGCGGCUUGUGGAGUUUUUGAGAAAGGCGCUGGCGUGA